GUACUUCCGGUUUAGCAAUGUUUUCGUGUGUAUCGGCCAUUUUGGUCUUGCUGUGAUCGAGGGUAGGAAUGGCCACGUUUCGACAGGCAACUGAAAACGACGAUGCCUGGGCCCUUCUGGCUCUUAAAUCUGCCCCAGCGAGUCCAACAAGGAUUCCUUGGAAUGAUGGUGGUCAAAAAGGAGUCAUUCUCGCCCGGUUAGAAGGCAGAGAAUUUGAGUAUUUAGUCCGUAAGAACAGAAUCACAGUUGGCCGAAACAGCAAACAAGGGGAGGUCGAUGUAAACAUGGGACAUUCGAGUUUUAUUUCACGUAAACAUCUCGAAAUAAUUUGCGAAAGCCCGAACUUUUUCUUAAAUUGCACUGGAAAAAAUGGUAUAUUCGUGGAUGGCAUAUUCCAAAGACGAGGUGCUCCACCCUUGCAGCUGCCUAGGACAUGCAUCUUACGGUUUCCCAGCACAAGUAUCAAGAUCAUGUUCCAGGCAUUAAUCAGUGAGUCGGCACCCCCUGCUCCAGCACCUCCGGUUCCUCAGCCUCAGCAGCCCCCUCCUGUACCCGUAGCAGUCAAGGAGCCCAGUCCUGUCAAACGAAAAGCCAUGAUGCCUCCCUUGAAGAUAGACAUCCCGCCUUCCGAUGCAACCUAUGCCAGUCCGUACCCAUCUCCCACCGGGACGAUAAGUGCUGUCAACUCAUGCCCUACAAGCCCUCGAGCUGGGACCAGUCAGAAAGCCAUGAUGGCUCCAGACCUAUCCGCAGCGGCAUUUGCUGCAGCUGCUGCAGCUGUCGAUGAGAAGGAAGGCCACUCGUCCAGUAAUGACGUCGGUAGUCCCCGGGACGAGACCAAGCCGCCCUACUCUUACGCCCAGCUCAUAGUCCAGGCUAUCAUGUCGGCGCAAGAUAAGCAGUUGACUCUUAGUGGAAUUUACAGCUAUAUCACAAAGACAUAUCCGUACUACAGAACAGCAGACAAGGGAUGGCAGAACUCAAUUCGGCACAACCUGUCGUUAAAUCGGUACUUCAUCAAGGUUCCGCGAUCGCAAGAAGAGCCUGGCAAAGGGUCAUUCUGGCGGCUUGACCCCGGGUCAGAGGCUAAGCUAAUGGAUCAAGCUUACAGGAGAAGAAGACAAAGGGGAGUGCCUUGCUUCAGGACACCCUUUAGUGGGGUCUCAUCAAGCCGUUCUGCGCCAUCAUCACCUACCCAUGUCACACAGUUCAGUGGGACGUUUACCCCCGAUUCACUCUCGAGAGAAGGUUCACCUGCACCGCAGAACAUGAACAAUGCUGGCGGAGGUGGCGAUGGCCAAGAUCAUGGUCCGCUUGAUCAUCAGAGGUUUACACAAGCCAUGCAGGAGGUGAAGGUUAGUCUAGUUAGCCCCGGAUCUCCUAUCAAUACCACGACGGGUGCUCAGGCUGCUAGCCAUGCUGCCCAUAUGGCAGCCCUCCCCGGAGGUGGGGGGAUCAUACCCCUUUCAUCCCACGCCGCCCUGGCAGGGAGCGCCCCACCUCAGGGCGUACCUGUUGUCGCCAUCCACCCUCAGAUGGCCUCUGUGAUCACGUCAUCGCGGACGCAAGGGGCUGCGCAGGCAUCGCUCAGCAACGGUCAUGUCACUUCGUCUGCUGGAGGAUUCAGUCACCAGGCGAAGGACAGCUCCACCGCUGGAGGAGGGGGUAGUGCUGGUGGAGACAAGAAUGGCAUAGAAAUGAAAGUGGAAGAGAAGCCAUCGGCUGGUUUACCCCCUGCAACCAUCAUGUUGACGCAGCCCCAUCUGAAAGCAACCAGUUCCUCGUCCGCUCAGCCGGCAUCCUCCGACAGCCAUCACGUCGUUACCGUCGCAGGUACGUUCCUCCCUCCUGCCAGCCACUACCGACCCCCUCCUCAACUCCCCGUAGUGGCCAACUACCAUCACAGCAUGGAAAUGGCUCUCCCUCAGACCUCCAGCCAGGCUGCCACUUCCUCGCCCCUUGUCAUGCUGGCUACGACGUCAGCCGUGCAGCAGCUGCAAGGUCACAUGAAGCGCCCUCUAGAUGGCAUCAAGGAAGAGACCGAUGGACAGGAUGGUGUUGAGAGUAAAAGAAUCAAGGCUGAUCCGCAGGAGGGUUGAGAGAGGACAUGGCAUCAAUGACCAACUUGGAUAUAGAAGCAGUGCAGGUCAUUCAGAAAAAAAGGGAAGGGAGUGUAACAUCAUUGAGAGGGUACCUUAAAAGGUUGUACAGGGCUAUUUUAAUGCUGUCGGGAUUAUCAGUAGGAAAAUGGAUGUCGAGAAUAGGGUUGAUGGAUUUGGAGAGAAUGACUUUGUAAUUAGAUUGCCUUCCUAUGGAAUUGCAAAAUAUAUACUCUGGCUUUACCACCAAAUUAAUAAAUAUUCAUAUGUAUAUGUAUAGUCCAUUCAAAAAGGGACAGCUCGAAUCAUUGGAUGACUGGACUUGUAAAAUUUAUUGGUUUUUAGAAUUUUUUGUUCUGUGUACUUCAGAUAACUAUUAAUUUAAUCGCUUUUUUUUCUUGUUUUCCUUUCAUGAUUCUGUGUGAUUAUUUUAUGAACAUUUAUUGAGAUCAUGGGGGUUUUAUGCCCACAGUGUUCACUUUUCAUUUUUUAUUAAUUUUUAUUGAUUUAUCUUUUUAGAGAUUUCGAGGGGUAUUACUAGUAUAAGCCACAUGUAAUUACUUCAAGAUUCUAAAAUUGAGAUUAAUUUUGAGGAUUACAGCUCAGUUCUGUAUUCAUGAUAGGACAAUGUUUUUUUUAUUAUCGAAAUUGCUACUUUUCAACAUUGGUAAAACAUGUAUGAAACACAUUGCUCUAUAUACAUCACAUUUUAUCAAAAUAUGAUUGUAAAUUUGCUUCAAAGCUUAUGGCACUCUGUGAAUAUCAUUUAGUAUAUAAUCAUACACACGAUAUGAGUUCCCUGUGGUGUUUUUUUAUAUGAUCCUGUGUGGGUAGUCAGUGAUGCAGCUAAAGUAGUGAAAGUAAAAAGUUUACGAUGCUAUGCUUUAUGGAGAUGAAGUUUCAUGAUUCGUUACACCUUGUUACAGUAUAGGCUAUGUUAUCAAUGUGAUGAUUUCUUAGGCAAACAAAACGAUGAUUAGGAUGAUUGUAAGAAUGCUGAAAUAGGGAUGGGCUUGCAAUAGUGAAUUUUAAUUGGUUAAUUUCUUACAUGCUUGCUAAUAGUUGGUCCGUAGAGGGGGGUAUUCUGCUUGUUAUUUUUUCUCCACACUGGGAGCAUGUAUUGAAAAAGAUAGUGAUGCUAACUUUCGCUGUGUGAGCUGUCGUCAUCGCAGUUCUUUACAGUGCAUUUGGAUAAAUAGACACGUGUAAUAAAAGCAGUAAAAUGCAUGUUAUGACAUACAUCUGUAUAUACAUGUGUUUAUUGAUUUUAAUCUGAUAUGUUACUUGUAUGCCUUAAAGAUUCAACCCAGUAUUGUAAAAUUCAUAGAUGUGGCUACUCUGUGAAUUGUGUUCAAUGCCCUUUAAUUACUUUUUGCCUCGUGAGGGCAAUAGGUGGUAUACCACAUGUAUUGACCAGUUUGUACAAAGCUGUUGGCAGUUGGGCUUUUUUGGAAUGUAAACAUGUUUUGCUUUCAUGAACCGUGAUCACAUGUGAUGCGAUCGACUCUUCUCAGAUGUGUAUUUUAUGAUUAUGAAGUCAGUGGAUGUAUAGUAGUUAUUUAGGGGAGAAACUGAUUAUGCACUGCUGAACAAAUUAUUCUGUAUUUAUUAUAUAUGAAUUAGUGAAAUCGCUACAUGGCCCCGUGCAUUUUGAUAUAGCUUUACGUAAACUUGACAAUUAUUUGAUUGUUAUGAUUGCUUAAUGUAAAGCAUAUAAAUACAAUUUACCUUUUUUGUAAAAUUUGUUUUUUUAAAUGAUCACCAUCACCCAUUAGUGAAAUUGUAUUCUAGUCAAACUGGUAUUACUCUAGUGUUUGUUGAUUCCCAGUGCCGCAUUUACAGUACAUGUAUGUGAUUUUGCCUGACGCUGUGAUAGAAAAAAAUGUUAUUCAUAAAUGUAUGUUAAUUACCUGAUCAAUCAUGUUGGCCAUGAAUAGGUUGAUGAUUUGUAAUUUUCUGAUGGAUAGGUCUUGUACUGUAAAAAAAAAACACUUCCUGCCGUGAAUCAAGUGUAAGUUCGUCUUUAGGGGGAGACAUCCAGUGUGUAAAAGACAGCAGUUAUGUAACAGUAUUGGAAUAGUUUCUUGGUUGAUGCGACAAGUCCUUGCCCUCAUUCCUCCAUAUGUAGGUCAUGUAUGCCUUGAUAAGCCACUUUGGGCCAAUAAUUGUUCAAUGGUUGCAUUAUUAGUAUGAUCAUUUCACAUCAAAUCAAACAAUCCAUGGAUUAAUUGUCUUCGGAGCAAAACGGUUUGAAUCCUCAAGUCGAAAUCCAUUAUACAUGUUAAUGUAAAUGGAUGAAUAAUUGAUGAAUAAGGGUAGUGGGAUUGUAAAUCAUGUCCUCGGAAUAUUUUUAUUCUUAAGAUGAAGAGCGUUAGCUUAUUAUUAUGUGGGUAAAUUGUACGUCCUGAUCCCGAAGGUACAUUGCGAGUAAGAGAAGCCCCCCCCUGCCACAGAGUCGGUUUGCCCCAGCCCAUUAAAAGUCAAACAUUCAGUAAACUGAUCUUAUAAAGAAAUGUCAUACGAGGUUCUUUUUUUUUUACUUGCAUGCCAAAUUUAAUGAAGGGGAGGAUGGGGAGGGGAGGAUUCCCUUUUUCCGAUUUUAUAUGCUAAUUUGUGGAUUCUAUGUGAUAGAGAAUUGUGAUCAAUAUGAACAUUUUUGAAUAAAAUCAAAUAUACUACUGACAAAGAAAACAUA